UUUAUUUUUUGAUGUACCUUAUAAAAAGGAAUAUAUGUCACCUCUUCUAUUCAACUUGGAGCUUAAAUUUUUCACUAAGUGAAUGAGAUGAUUUUUCCUAUAGUAGCAAUAAUCAAUUUGAAGAUUUAUUUGACAAAGACAUCAAAAUCUAAAAGUGGAAAGAUUGGAGAUACUUGAGUGAAAUUUGAUAUUGAAGUGCAAUAAAAGAGUUUAGUGAAUUAAUUAUUUAGUUCAAUAACUUAACCUGCACUAAUUUAAACUGCUUUAUCAAAAAAAAAAAAAAAAAAAAAAACGUUACUAUAAAAAUUUUAAAGCAAAGUAACUUGCCUUUUGUGCGUGACAACUGACAAGCUUUGCAUAUUGCGUUGCGUGAGGGGUGUUUUUUUGUGGUUAAAUAAAGUGAAAGACGAGGACUAUUUUGCCAACGCACAAUUUCCUUUUGCCAUUUCUGCAAGACUAACAUGUGGGAAUGGUGUGUGUAGCUGGCACGUAGAAGAGUAACUUAUCUCAAAACCUAGCAAUUUGCUUGCAGUUUCAACAACAAUGGAGGGUAUUGUGGUAAAAAACCAGCAGAACAUUGAAACUUGAAAAGAAUGCUUAGUCUCCAGAAUCAGCGCCCGGAAACAAUUCCCAUAUACGCUUCUACACAGCCUUGAUAACUCCGCUCCAGUGAGAGGAAGAGAGUAGUUGAAUGUUUCUUUUUACAUGACAAGCAACAAUUAAACAUCUUAAUUCACAGAAAGAGAGAGUGAUACCUUAUUUCUUUCUUAUUGUUUCUUUUCCUUGGCCAGAUAGAGGGACAGAUGGCAAUGCGAGAAGGAAUUAUAUCUCAUAAAGGAAAUGGAAAUGGGUACAGGGGAAGACCAUAUGGGUUGAUGCUGCUUUUGGCAUUUGGGGCUGCACUGCUUGGUGUUAUUGCGCUGCACAAGUUGAGGGAGAGACGCAUCUUCAACCUCCUUGUCGAAGAGAAGAGCCGUCAGCUCAUUUCUCCUCAGCUGCUGUUGCGGAGGGAAAAAGAAUGCACCAAAGAAAUGAAAAGGAAAGCUGAAGAGACAAAAGCAAAGAUAUACUCACUUAGAAACCAAAAAAUGGAGCUUGAUCGUAGGCUCUUGGAAAUGCAAUCUACAAUUGAUUCCCUUAAAGAUGAGCAAAGGACCAUGGAGUCCGAACUGGAGGAGAAACAAAAAGAGAUCAAACUGCUGCGAUAUAAAGACAUGGAAUCAGGAAAUGAAAAUCCUCAGCUGAUAGCUUUAACUGCAACUUUGAAGCAAAAGGAGGCUGAAAUUGAGGACUUGAAGCACCGUCUUGAAUCCCCAGUUAGAGUUUGGUCUGUGAGUACUGAUGACCCAUCAAAUCCGCCGGUAAAUAUAACAGUUAUGGGAAGUUUGGAGCAAAAGAAGGGGGGGAGAGUAUAUGAAUCUUCCGCAUAUAAGAGUGGUGACAAUUCAACAAAAGCUCAGGAAGGAAAUGAGAUUACAUCCAAUUUUCCUCAAGAGGAAGACAUCAGAGAAGGGGUUGAAGAUGGAAGUGAGAAAAGGGGAGAAAGUACUCUCGGAAUGGACAUGGCUGGAGGAGGACAACUGCAGAAACAGGUAAGUUUGGGAGAAAAUGCCAGAAAUGAGGGGCCCACGGGAGAAAUGAAAAAUGAGUAUUCUAAACAUACAGGUACUUCUGGAAUAGAUGGGGAAAAGAAUCAUGCAAAUGCUACUGAAAAAAUUGAUGACGUGGAUGAACAAGAAGAGAAAAGUAGCUUCACUGGGCAGCUUGGAAAACUUAAAAAUCCCCAGCAACAAGCAGAGAGUCAGAAACUCCAACGAAUUCACAAAGGUGGGAAGAAACUGAAAAUAGAUGAGAUUUCUAGAAUUUCAAGAUUGCCAGGGAAAAGAUGGAGAAUUCUUGCUAGGAAUAGGUUCCUAAAGAAGAAUGUAAAUUCCGAAAUAGAUGGAGCGGAAAGCAUGACAAGUAGAGGAUUUUCAAAAGAAUAUAAAGAUGUUGUAAGAAGCAGGGAAGAGGGAGCAGUUUAUGACGAGGGGAAACAAAGGGAAGAAACAGAAACAGGUCUGAGAAAUGAAAUGGAUCUUACAAAUGCUAAUUUGACCGAGCAUCUGAACUCUGAAGACACUGAAGAUAUGAAACACAGAAAAGUGAGUGCCGCGGGAGAAUAUGCAACAUCGAGAAACCAUGAUAACUCUCAAGCAACAGAAUUACCAGAGAACACAGGUGUCAAUGAAGAAGUCAAUAAUUAUACACAUGAUGCCAAGCAGUUGAAAGUUGAAGAAGCAGCCCGCAUCAAACAGAAUAUGAACAGCAGGGACGUCAAGGAACUGGAGAAGAAAGCUGAACUUAAUUCUACCGACGGAGAUGAAAUGGAAGAAGAUAUGGAGUUUGCGGAUAAAGAAGAGCAGGAGACAGAAGCAGCUAAUGGUGACCUUUCCACUGACUUUAUGUCUGAUUCGGAAGAUAAAGAAGGGUACAUGGAGGAAACAAAUGAGACUGAGUUUUAAUUAACAUAACUUUUUUAAGUGUUCUGUCCUAGUUGUGGAUCUUUUAAAUACCUAUCCAACUCUUUUUUGGUCAAGACUUCGUUUCCCAUUCAAAACACUGUCAUUCUUCUCAAUGAUUUUUCCUUCUCCUUUUCGCUUAGCAUCCAUUGCCUGCUGAACCCGGGUUAAAAAACCAAUAUAGAAAUAAUCCAGCCAAUUUGAUAAUUCAAAGGUCCACAAGGCAUUCAAACCCAGGAGGUUUUUUGGCCAUCGUCCAAACCCAGGUGUUUAAAACAUACACAAUCUCUUUCUACAAAUGAUAAUGGGCAUUUCUCAGGGUCAUUCUUUUUUUUUUUUUUCAAACCUUUUAGUUCAAUACUUGAAUAAAUCUAAAGAAACAGUAGCUACUGGACCAACACUGCCAUGGCCAACAGAACCCUACUCUCCUUGAAAAUAUUGUUUGUGCUUACCUCAACUUUCCUGGUUUGGGACUAGAAUAUGCAAAAAAAAAAUCACCCAUACAACAAAUCAAAAGCCCUGACAUAGAGAUUCUUUAGUAGAUGGUCAGUUGAGACCGCAUUACUAUACAUUCCUGCUAUUGAUACAAUAUCGAACCUAUUGCAUCACAUAUUACUAAUCAUAACCAUUGAUCAAAAUAAUUUUUUUGACCAAAAAAUUAAGUUAAGAAAAAUAAAAUAAAGAUUGCUCAUUCAUUUUAUAUUUUCCAUCAGAAUUUAUGGAUGAUCACGGGAUCAAGUCCAAUCAGAACAACACGGACAGAAGCAUCAUUCAUUAACUUUUCAAAUCCGCCAACAGAUUUUGGGUCUUAAAAACAUGUUGCAUUCUACUAUUGGGAGGACAAGCCAAUGAUACAGGCUGUCUUAACCGAUAAGGAACUGACCUCCAAGUUUACUCACUCAUCAUUCUCCUAGGGAAAAAGAAAUGAUGAAUAGGAAAACAGAAUAAUUUGCCAACAAAAGAGAAAACAAUAUCCUAGGACAUGAAAAUUCCAGCCACACAAUAUUUCUGCGAAUAUUGUAAAAAAAUAGAAGCUCCAACCGCAUUACCGUGCGGUUUCCACCACGUUAUGCAACAAAAGAAAUAUUAAAAUGAGGGAAGAAAGAAAAUAGAUACAAAACAAUAGUUUAAAACCUGAUUGCAUGCUUAGGUAUUCCAUCAUGCCUUUAGAAAUUGUUAAGCACCCCCAUUAUUCAUUCCUUGUUAGAUCCUCAAUUAAAUAGGGUAAUCCCAGUAGAGACCAUCAACAAGUAGAAGAGCUACGAGGUAAAUUGACUGCACUUGAGCUCCAAAACAUAAACAUAAGCUCAUAUAGUAUGAAAAACUACCUAUGGUUUUUCCAACAUAAAGGAACAAAUUAUCCUGAUAUCUCCAAUUUAUGGAUCUAGAUAUUUACUGCAGGUGACAAUAUUCAUGCCAAGGUGAUUGAGUGAAUUGAGAAUAAGUACGAUAGAAUGAUCUUGAAAGAUUUAUGGUUGUAAAUUUACCAUUAAAUAAGCUUUUGGCAAUUUAAAAAUUGUAAAUAUUAAACAAUAUAGUCAAUCAGUACGUAGAAAGUAGAAACAUCUCCAACAAAAUGGGAUAUAUACCUGAGACAACAGAAAAGCCAUAACAAGCAUUGCCCUAA